AUGAAUAUCUCACUGGAAAAUAUUUCUUGGAUGUUUGCCUGUCUGCUGGCAGGCAUAUAUACGAGUGUGACUGCUAUUCCUCAAUGGCAUAUCGCCAGUGAUGGCACUUCGUAUAUAGUAGAAAAUGAGUCGAGUUAUAAUUGGUUCGAGGCUCACUCCAAGUGUGCCAGUCAUAAUUCGCAACUUGCCGUUAUCGACAGUGCUGCAAAAAAUCAAGGCUUUGAUGAAUUGCUGCGACAACUAUUCGUUACAGCACCAAAUCUAUGGAUUGGCCACCACGACAAUCUAAAUACUGCAGAAACUACCAAUCGUUCAUUCUACUCAAUUGUAAAUGGAUCUGAAAUAAAAUUUAGCAGUUGGAUGAAAGGUGAACCGAACAACCAUCAAAAGGCUGAACACUGUGCCCAAAUACGUUUGGGCUCUGACUUUCAGUGGAAUGAUGAUAAGUGUGAAUCGAAAUGUGGUUAUGUUUGUGAGCAACCUCCAGAAGUCUCAAAUGUUAGUUGUGAUUUGGAAGAAACUCGAACAGCCAUAAACGAGUUAAAUCAAGUGCUUGCCAAGGAUCAUGAAAAUCAUAGCAAUGAAGUGCAUGACACGCUAACUGAUAAUCGUUUGAAAACUCACAGUGUUUUACAGGAAUGGCAAAAGUCCUCAAUGCACACUUUAAAUGAAUCACAAAGAUCCAUAAAUGAACUUUUUGCCAGGAAGCCCUACCUUCAGGCGGUUAUUGCCGAUGUGGGCCCAACAAUUAAGCAAAUAAUCCGUGAAGCUCAUAAUGACAUAUCAAUGUUAACCAAAGAAGCUCAACAAACAAUCGAUGGACAUAGUGAGCAUACACAAAAAUCCAUUAUGCAGGGUUCUGAACAAUUUCAGCAAAAAUUGGAAGAAAAUGCAAAGACUAUCGAUGACUUGCUUGUCCAACAAAGCAACUCAAACAAUAUGUAG